AUGGAGAUUUCAGUGCCUUUUUUCCGUCUAGCUAUGGCAUUGGCAAUGACUCUGGCCUUGGUUAUGCCUGUCUAUGGCCAAGUUGGUUCUCCUUGCAAUGCUUCGGCGAUUUCUAGCUUGACCCCUUGCAUGAGUUUUCUCACUAAUAGCAGCUCCAAUGGCACCUCACCAACGGCAGACUGCUGCAAUUCACUAAAAGCCCUCACAAGUAGCAGCAGAGAUUGCUUUUGCCUAAUUGUAACUGGAAGUGUUCCCUUCCAACUACCGAUCAACCGUUCUCUAGCCAUCUCUCUCCCUCGUGCCUGCAACAUCCCCGGCGUCCCACUCCAAUGCCAAGCCACAGUUGCACCUAUUCCUGCUCCAGGUCCUAGCUCCCUUGCGCCAACCCUCUCUCCUGGAGCUUCACCAUCUGGUCCAACAGCUUCCUCUGUCCCAGAGCCAACCUCAUCUGCUCUGUCACCGGAAUCCGACACAACACCACUUUUAACUCCGCCAUCUACAACAGGUGGCUCUGGAGCUCCAACCUCAACUACAGGGAGCCGCCCUGUUUUGACUCCUUCGGCUGCCUUUACCUCUUAUCGUCUCUCACCCUCUCUUAUGCUUUUUGCAUCAGGCAUUCUGGCUUUGAAGUUUUUCUAG